AAACUGGAGAUUGUCACAGACAGAGGGAAUGGGGAUGUGACAACUUGCUUUCCAACAGGUUACAAUUCCACCUGCUUACUUCAAUAGACAAACGGGGAAAGGAGAUAACGCACGAUGAGAGAUGAUUAUGAAGACUCUGUGAGAAGAGAGAUGUCGGAACAGAAGAAGGGAUUAUUUGAGCGCAUCCCAUAUGUCCAACCCAUAGCGCUCGGCCUCUCCAUGAAUCACCAGAUAGCGCAUUACAAGGACACGCUUGGACUUCCCUUUCCCCUGGACACAACAACCUACCUGGAUCCGGUGUACGGUCAGAGAUUCGCAGGGAGUCUCUCAUAUUUCCCAUUCCACAGGCACAUCGGUGUAUAUGACUACUCAUUCGAACCAGCGUUCAUUCGAAAAAGGAACGAAAGGGAACGGCAGCGAGUGCGCUGCGUAAACGAGGGUUACGCACGGCUCCGGGAGCAUCUUCCCCAAGAAUUCGAGGACAAAAGACUCAGCAAAGUGGAGACACUGCGUGCUGCAAUAUACUACAUAAAACACUUGCAGAGUCUGUUAGAUGUCAACGUGUCCAGUGGUGGUGGGAUAGUUGAAAUGUCAGCUGGAGAAAUGCGCAGCCGUGCCCCCAUGCCAAAGAUGACAGAAUGCUACAGCGACGGCGAGUCAAAGAACAGCGACAGUGGAGAGUUGAGUUUCUAG